UUAUGUCGUAAGCUUUUCUUUUCUAUUAAUGAAAAGUUUUUAUUAAUAAUCUACAGGCAGUUUAUGAUGCAAAUUGAAGCAAUUUCGAUGAACAAUCGGUUUUACAAGGAGGACAAAUAGAUAUUUAUUAUUGAAGUAACAAUGAGCAGUAUAUAUGUAGAGGCGUAGACAGUACGGCAUUUAUGCAAAUGUUGAUCGGUUCCGCCGAAGAAAAGGCGAGUGGUUCCGUACGAGCUUUAGAAGAAAAAGUGGAGAUGAGCGACAGCGCCGGAGCCGGAGCGGGAAGCGAGCCACGCGGGGGCUCCGCGGGCAUGGAGCGCGAGCUGGAGAACACGCGGCGGCUGCUGUGGGGCGAGCAGGUGAAGGAGGAAGUGUUUCGGCGCUGGGCGCAGGGCUUCACGUUCAGCGCCGACGAACCCAGCGCGCUUACGCAGCAGGAGGGCGGGCCCUGCGCCGCAAUCGCGCCCGUGCAAGGAUUCCUCCUCAAGAUCCUUCUGUCAGAGACGCCCGGCCAUAGCCUGCGCGACCUCACUUCGGAGAAGUGUAACUCCCUACUCGUCCGGGCCGUGUGUACAAUACUAAGCCAAUGUCUAGCGCCUAAGUAUAAUGUGGCAGUGUACCAACGAAAAACUGAAACAGAAGCCGAAUCUAGCUCCACCAGUGCCACUGAAGAGACAGAAACCCUGGAACAGUUUCAUCGGCGGAUUGAAAUUCACUCCUUCCAAGGAUUGUCGGAGGUUGAAGCAUUCUACACUAGAAACAUUCGUGUUUUGAAGGACAAGUAUGGAGUGCUACUUCUGUUGUAUAGUGUUAUUCUCAGCAAGGGAGUAGGUGUUGUAGAAGCAGAGCUGUCAGAGCUGUCAGACCCCCUCAUACACUCCACAUACGGGUAUGGGUCACAGGGACUGAUAAACUUGAUGCUGACUGGCCGAGCCGUGGCCCAUGUCUGGGACCACGACCAGGUGGUUGGGGGCCUCCGGCUGCGCGGCAUUGAGAGACAAAAUGAUAUUGGGUUUCUCACCAUAAUGGAGCACAUGCAGUAUUGCACUGUGGGAUCAUUCUACAAAAAUCCAAAGCAUCCUGUGUGGGUACUGGCGUCAGAGACGCACUUGACGGUGCUUUUCUCUUUUGAGCGGCGAUUGGCGGCGCCAGAGACUGCAGGAGAGUCUGCCGAGCGAAUCUUCCGCUCCUUCGAUCCUGAGGGUAAUAAUUUCAUCCCAUCAGCUGCAUUGCAGGAUGUGCUCUGUGCUGCGGAGCUCGUGUCAGAGCCUGAAUAUGUAGAGCUCAUGCGACGCAAGUUAGAUGCGGAGAACCUAGGGAUAAUCCUCCUGAGUGCAUUUAUGGAGGAGUUUUUCCCAACUUGCGAGCGUGGAUGUCCCGACACAUUCACGCUGCACCACUACAAUGGUCUAGCACGCAGCAACCCAGGCGGUCGCGUGGUGUACCGCGCGGGGCGCGCGGCGCUGCUGGAGUGCCACAUGCGCGCCGCCUCGGCCGACCCCAUGCUCACCUGUCUGCAGACCAAGUGGCCCAGCAUCGACCUGGUCUGGGACGAGGGCAGCUCACCCUCCCUCAACUGAGCAGUUACAUUCUAAAGGACUGUGUCGUGAGUGAACUGUGCAGACCUUAAUUUAUUUGUAAAAUAUAAUUUUACAAGCUUCUCUUUGUUCCGGCAGUUUUCAUUUAACACUGCGGUUACAGCUAGGAAUUGACACCAGACAUAGACCUAUUUACAUGACGGUUACGGUUUAGACAUAAAUAUUUUUUUAAUAAACACUGUUCCAGUUGUUGAGGGGUUGUUGUCAAUGUUGUGCUGCAUAUGAUUUGUAUCAGUUUGCUUAUACCAUAGUUUAGGGACACGCUCCUAAUGAUAUACACCAUAAUUAAAUAUAAAGAAAUUUAAUUUAGCCCCGCAUAGAAUUAGGUUGUAUAUAAAUGUAAUAGUAUCAUAGUAAUAAUGGGACAUGUUGAAAUUUAAUGAUGAUGACAUUGGUGAUGUGUUUAGUGAUGGGCGAAUGCGACUGCGGGCAGCGGCUGGCACUGUGGCCACUGUUUCCAAAUCUUUUAAUAUUUGCAAAGAUUAAAGAAUAAUUUGAGAUUUGAUGAUGCAGAUGUGAGGUGGUGUAGGUGUAGGCAGCCGCUGGCCGACUGGCCUGUUUUGCUGUGCGAAUUGCUCCUGCCUGCGACAUGCGUUGCGAGGAACGAUUGUGUUACUAUUGAUUGAUAUUUGAGAUGCUCACAAGAGACUUUUAUUUUUCUAUUUUUGUCUGUAUUUUUCAAUUCGGGUCAGCUGCCUAUUAGCAAGUUGUUGGUUUUUUUUUAACUGAAUCAGGUUUUUUUUGUAUAAAUAUGUGUAACUUAAGAACAUUUCUCAUUGUAAUAACGAAAUUUCUUAAAAGUUUGGAAAAAUGGCUUCUUUCAAAGUCUGCAUAGGGGCGUGGGUGUAUACUCUUUCGCCCUAGACGGUUUAUUUCUAAAAAUAGUCCUUGUACAUUCACAAGCUUUCUACAUUCCAGUUUUUUUUUGCCGUAAAUAAGUAACAGACGGACUUAUCGCUCUAAUCUCUAAUAUUACUAGUAUUUUUGAGCUCCGUUCAUUUUAAUAUUAUUUGCUGAUUUGACUUGAAUUAAUGACUAAGAAUUGUGACUUUGAUUUUCUACUUAUUUCCCUUUGGGUGAAUCAGUUUUGAUGUGUUUCUCGUUGCCAUGGUUUUAUGGUUUAUAAAUUAUAUCAAACUUGGAUUUCUGUAUUUAGUUUAUGGCUUAUACAUUUCUAGUAUGGCCUACCUAUUAUACUUGUUAGUAGAAUUAUCUACAAAAUAUACUGAAGUACAAAAAAGUUGAUCCACUUGCAUUUGGCAGCGUAAUUGUUAAGCCAGGGAUACACGGGGGCUAAUGUUUCGUCAGCUAAGGCUGGUAUUGUAAUGUAACUCAAAGCUGCUGAACUUCGCUUCAGUGUUAAGGCCUGAGUGGACGCUCGGUCGGCGGGGCGGGGUGGCCCGCGUGCACGCUAUGCAGCGUCGCCUCGGGAUAUUAGUUAGAGCUUCAGUUGUUUGACAUGCACGCCGCACGCCCCGUCCCGUGCACCUCUAUGAGCGUGCCUCAGGCCUUACACUUAAAAGUAUGGCAACAGCGAGCGAUGUCGCCAGUGCCCGGACGAACGAACUCGCACGAUUUGACCUGACCGACUUAAGUCGAGUGAUGUCAUUGUCAGUCACUCCAGCCUCUCGUCCUACUCCUACUGUGGAACAUUGGUCUCCUAGUAAACACUAGGCUGUGAGAACAUUUAUAGUAUUUUGAGGCUGGUCCCUUUUCUGUGUGUGGUAUUGGCAUUUGUUUUGACUUGCACAGUCAACCAAUUUGAAUCCUAGGCCACUCUAGAACCUUGUCUUAUUUAAACAGUGUUCUAUUUGCCAUAAAAAGUUACAUUGACGUUUACUGUGCAAAGGUACAGUGGCCUAUGAUUCAAAUUUGUUGACGAUACGGUUUUGUGUCUUGUCACAGUGACAAUAAUAUUAGAUCGAAUUUUCAUACAAGGUGGCCCAAACCAGGCUCAAACAUAUUGUCAAAAAAGUCUAUAGAAAUAUGUAUUAAGUAUCUUACUUUCUUACUUACGUAUAUUUUAUACAAUCUCAUUAAUUAAAAAUACGCGAAUUUUAAUUUGAACCAUACUCAUUAUCUUCAAAAGUAAUAUUUCAUAAACGUAAUAGUAUCAAACAAUAUAAAACAAAUAAUUAUAUUUACUGGCCAACCGGUAUUGUUUGUCUCUGUAACUAGGAACGAAAUCAUUCACAAAACAAUUUCCUUACUACAAACAGAAUGUUGAAUCUUGUCGGCAUCUUCUCAAAUUUAGUCUGGUUAAAAUAAAAUCUGUAGUUUAUUAUUACAGUGAAAGUUGUGCAAAGUUUCCACAAUAUUGGAAAAUAUCUCGGAAAUUACACAAAGUAAGAAAACUCUCAUUCGAAAUACGCGAUGUUUCUGAAAUGUUAUGUGGAAAUUUCGCAUAUUUUACUAUACGACGGAGCA